AUUCACAAUCCUAACCGUGCGUACGCCAACAAAUUCGUGGCGCUUUUACGAACGCGAUCGGCGUGUAACCCUCUAGUUGGCCAUCGGCUGCACCCUCGCGAGAAAACGUACUUUUCGAGUUCGCCCGUCGCUCAUCGGCGUCCGGCGACAUUCAAAUUUCGAGCAGCAGCAUCGCCCGCAAGACCCGAGGCACGUCGCGGGCAUUAACGGAACGUGGGGCGCCGUUUCGCAUCAUCCGGCCGUGAGUGUUUUCCCGUCCGAAGAUCGUCGCAUCGUCGCGGACCUGAUGUCAGGCAUCGCGAUCGCCAGGCUCGCCGAGGAGCGAAAAGCAUGGAGGAAGGAUCAUCCGUUCGGCUUCGUAGCUAGACCAACUAAAAAUCCAGAUGGUUCCCUUAAUUUGAUGAGUUGGGAAUGUGCAAUACCUGGAAAAAAAUCUACUCCCUGGGAGGGUGGUCUUUAUAAACUACGCAUGAUUUUCAAAGAUGACUAUCCAUCGAGUCCACCAAAAUGUAAAUUCGAACCUCCGCUGUUCCAUCCAAAUGUUUAUCCAUCUGGUACUGUCUGCUUGUCACUUUUGGACGAAGAGAAAGACUGGCGACCAGCUAUCACGAUCAAGCAAAUUCUUUUGGGAAUUCAGGAUUUGUUGAAUGAACCAAACGUGAAAGAUCCAGCUCAAGCUGAAGCAUACACAAUAUAUUGCCAAAAUCGUCUGGAAUACGAAAAGCGCGUUAAAGCUCAAGCCAGAGCGAUGGCCCCCCAAGAAUAAAUCACAAAUGUCAAAUCGAUGUAUUUAAAAUAUGUGAGAAAGAUAUUGUAUGUGGAUAAUAUUUUCCUGAGCUGAUCUCUAGCUCUUUACACUUAAUCUUUUUUACGAAUAAAAUUAAUAUAUGUUGUAACUAGUUAAGCGAUUUAUAUUCUUGACGUUUAUUUUUCAGAUAUUACUUUCAUUCAUCGUAUAUAUACUUUUAAGUUUCAGAACGUUGCGUUCACAUCAUGCAAAUGUAGAAAUCAACACAUAUGAAUUCUUUCGCACAUAAAUAAUUUCUUAUUAAUAUUAAGAACUAUAUUAUGAGAUAUGUACUUUAAGAUAGAAUUAUUUUUUGAUCGAAACUUUAAUUUUUAAGUCUUAUAAGUGAUUACCGAUGUUAUUUUUAAAAUAGAAAUACAGGCGAGACAUCAAACGCAAUGGCAACAAGUGUUAAAUAAAUAUCGAUCCAUCUUG